CCAGGGGCGGACUGACCAUUUUGAAAACUCCCCCUCGGGCACUGCCCGAGGGCCCAGGGUCAGUAGGGGGCCCCAUGAGAUGCCCCUGGUACCUUUUUCAUAGGCUUUUUUGAGUUUGGGCAAGGACACAGGGGCCCCAUGAUCCCCUAUAACCCAUCCACCCCCAUAAGUUGUCAGUCCGCCCCUGCUCUUUACUCAACUCCUCUCACUAACUUCACUCUUCUGUUCCUCAAAAAUGAUCAUCAGCUCCCCUCACAAACUACAACCUUCUGUGCCUCAGAAAUGGCCAGAUAUUAAU